CGCGCGCAUACUCUCCAAGUGUGCAAACAAAAGUUGAAAGAAAUCGAUAGGUACUCUUCAGUAGGCUACUCAUCAGGACUGUUGAAUUAAGACCUCAUCAUCCCCGAGGCGAAAUCCUGUCUCCGGUCCUUCUCUCGAUCCUCCAGUCUGCCCGGCGCAGAGACAUGAACACUCCGCACAUUUUCCGAGGAUCACCGGUGCUGCUGCUGCUGCUGCUGUCAGGGGUUCGCAUCGAGGGGUACCGGCCUGUCAUCAUCGUGCAUGGCAUUUUUGAUGGACCAAAACAGUUUAAGACGAUGUCUCUUUACAUAACCAAGGUGCAUCCAGGGACCGAGGUGUCGGUGAUCGACUUGUAUGACGACCUGGCCAGUCUGAGGCCAUUAUGGAAGCAGGUCCAAGACUUCAGCAAAGCCUUUGACUCCAUCGUGCAAAAAGCUCCUAAUGGCGUCCAUCUGCUGUGCUUCUCUCAAGGUGGUCUAAUUUGUCGAGCACUUCUCUCCGUGACUCCACACCACAACGUGCACACCUUCGUUUCGCUGUCAUCACCACAGGCCGGGCAGUAUGGAGAUACAGACUACCUGUGGAUAUUUCCAUGCUUAAAGAAGACAGUGUUUCGUAUUUGCUACAACACAAUGGGACAUAAUCUGUCGAUCUGCGACUACUGGAAUGACCCUCACCAUAGGUCCUGCUACCUGCGAAACAACAACUUUCUGCCGAUUCUUAACGGCGAGAGACCUCACAUCGACAUGAAAGCAUGGAGGGAAAACUUCCUGCGCAUCAAGAAGCUUGUGCUGAUUGGAGGACCAGAUGAUGGCGUCAUCACACCGUGGCAGUCCAGCCAGUUUGGAUUCUAUGACAGCAAUGAAAAAAUCGUUGAAAUGAGGAAACAGGAGUUUUACAAGAGCGACACGUUUGGGCUGAAGGCGCUGGAGGACCGUGGCGACGUGGCGGUGUGCGUUCACUCCGGAGUGAAGCACGUUCAAUGGCACUCGAACUACACCGUGUUCACGAGCUGCAUAGAGAAGUGGCUGACAUGAAAACAAACGAGUGUAAGAGAUGUCAAUGCAAACUAUCAUUCAACUGAAAUAGACACAUUUUAUUUAUUUUUACUUUUAAACAAGACAGCAACCAUACAAACCAAAAUCCUAUUACAAAUAGCAACAUAGUUUUCCACAAGCUUCUUCCCUUUAUGAAGGUUAGACAGAUAUAUUAGACAAGAUUAAGAUUUCCAUAUCAUAAUAUUGUGGGUUUCCUUGAUAGAUUAUAGUGGAUUCUUUCCUUAUGAUGCAUUCUAAUGAGUUCAUUUAACCAAUGUUUAAAUGUUGGGAGUGCAGAUAUAUUUCACAUAUUCCUUUCUCCAGUAAAUAUGCCAAAUUAUGACUAAAAGGCAGAAUUACAGGGUCCAUUUGUCCAAUGAGAAUUUGUUAGGUAUUCAGAUGUAACUAAAACAAAUUAGCUAAAGAAAAAUUGGCAUAAAUGUUUAUCCACAGAUCUCUUUUUGUGUUCAGACUCUGUGGUCUUGCAUUUUUAGUCCUUUCCCAUCAUCCUCAGAUGGUCCUUAAUAUUGCAAGGGACAGUCUGAAGUGACCCAAUGAGCCACACCUUGUGGCCAUACAUGAGCGUUGACUGAUCAAUCACUUCCCUCUGGUGGAAGUCUAUGGUACUCUGAAGUGUGAAGGAAAACUGAGCUGUCCUCCACUUUAGAUUGAAACUUUUAGGCAGGAUGGAGAGUUGUUGAGUGAUGUUUCUGAUGUCACUUGGUAUUAAUUGAUCCUUUAAGAAUAUCUGAAAUCUUGGGUUUUAUAUCUGCAUUAAAGUCUUUUAUCGGAACACCAAUCGCUAAAUUAUUUGUCUAUUUUCUUUAUUUUAUGAAACUUUAGCCCUCACCAUACAACUUAUUGUCUUAUUUUUACCUUUUCCUUUCAAAAAAUUAAAUAUUUCCCAAAGGCAUUGUCAGAAAUUUGUGAUUAGCUUUUUUGCGGUUCUCGCGUCUGAGAUAUGUUGUAACAAAUCACACUUUAUAACCAGCAAACAAUCCACAGGAAUACAAACCCACUUUCAUUGUAAUGCACAUAAUUCCCUUAUCAAACUUCACAUUUUGAAUUGAUGAUGACAUUGCCAAAGGUGCUGUUUCAACUCUUUUGACAUUGUAGUAUGCGAUGUUGUUGUUGCAUUGGACUGCAGUCUAUUGUAAAGCUGCUGCACCUUCAUUUAAGUACAAUAACACAAAUUAGCACAUUUAAAUAUAGAUACUGCAAUCAUGAAGUGCACCUCAAAACUGACCGCAGGAUUGAGUUCAAACAGAAACAACUAAAUAAAAACUGGACAUUUUAAAUGAUAUGUAGUUUUUGUUAUUGUCUGUCCCUGUUUCAGAUUUAUUUGAACACUUUCAGAUUGAUCUGUAAUGAUCCGGUUUCAUUGUUGAAAGUUAAAGUGUUUGUGCAGCAUGUCCUGAAACAGGCACUGUAGAUAAUGCUCACUGGCUCUGACUGUAGACUGUAUGCCUACAUGUUGACUCGUUUGCCCUUUACACAUGAACAGAUGAAAGCAGCAUAUAGGGGGUGUGAUCAAUCAAUUAAACAAA